AUGUUUUCUGUAAUUUUAGUGUAUUUUUUUAUUCCAGUUGUAAUACCAGCUAUACGAAAUGAAUAUGGAUGCUUUAUCUCUGUAAACAGAAAUAUUAACGAACCACAGCCCCUUAUUUUGAACAAAGCUGGCACCAGCAUAUUGGAACCCAAAAUUGAGCCGGAUAUAAUUGAAAUUCCGGAAGGCGGGAAAUUUAAAUUGGCCUGCGUUGGAAACCACCUAUUUGCCGACGGUAAAACGUAUUCGGAAAUAGAAACUGUAACAUGCAGAUCGGGGUUAUUUUCCAUCCAAAACGAUCUGUACAAUUUUGGACAAAUAACCUGCGAAUAUUACCCGGAGAAUAUUGCGCGUUAUUCCGGAUUUUUUUGUGGGGGGAAUUACCGAGAAAUCGAAAUAGGGUUUCAGUUACCAAAACGGUUUUUAAGACUGGUUGGAAUCUGUUUUGAUCCUCUCGUUCAAACGACGUUGUACUCGAAAUAUCUUCUCACUUCAUCUAUUUACGGUCGCCAACAUAACUUCUCGAGGCCAUCUUGGAUAGAGGACGAUUUUUACCAUUUUGGAGAAGACACAGUUAACAUGAUUUACUCGCAAAAAAGGCAAUUGCAGACUAUAAACAGUCUUUUGGGACUGGAUCCAGAAUCCAAGGAAAUCGUGGAUACAUCUACCAAACAUUAUCUAGCCAGAGGGCAUCUGACAGCAAAGGCAGACUUUAUUUUUGGAAUUCAGCAGCAAGUCACUUUUCAUUUGGUCAACGUUGCCCCGCAAUGGGAGAUUUUUAAUGAAAACAACUGGCUGGCUGUGGAAAAUGAUGUCAGGAACUAUGCCAUCGAUAGGAACGCUACACUUGAGGUUUAUACAGGAACUUACGGUGUUAUGACAUUACCUCACUCCAAAACUGGAGAACAAAUAGAAGUCUAUUUAUACAACGAAGGAGAAGAGGUUGGCUUGCCUGUGCCUCUUUUAUACUGGAAAGCCGUAUAUAAUCGAAAAACAAAGUCUGGAGUAGUAGUUAUAGGAGUUAACAAUCCUUACAUAGAUGAUGUUUCUGAUGCUAUAAUUUGUGAAGAUAUUUCCAAAAGUAUAUCCUGGGGUUCAUGGAGUAAAAAAGAUUUUGUGAACGGAUAUAUUUAUGUUUGUACCUUGGAAGAUUUUGCUGAGAAAGUUCCAUACUUUCCGAAAUUGGAUGUUAGGGGUACUUUAACGUAG